UGUGAAAGACGUGAAAAUAAAAAUGUUAAAAAUAUAUAGGGAAUAUUAAAUUGAAUUCUGCAAUGUAUUGCAUAUUAUUUAAUCAAGUAUAAUUUAAUAUAAUAGUUAAAGUUAGUAACAUAUUAAAAACAAAGAAAAAACAGAGUGAAGUGCAAAAGGACUAAGUAAAAAUAUGGAAUUUCAAUGAGAGAAAGUGUCAACGAAAUACUCUUGAAAUGUCCCAUAGAGUCGUAGUAGCGCGCUGGUUGUCGCACGGUUCCUAGCGCUCCCCAAGUGCCAAAUCUGUUGUUGAUGCUAUUAAUUGAUUUAUUAAUACGUCACUAAAAUUUAAAUUAAUAAAAAUUAAUUUUAGAAAGUGAAAAAAUUGCUAUUCUAGUGUGCAUACAUAUAUGUGCAUAUUUAUGUAUCCGUGUGUAUUUUUUAAAGAAUAUAUCUACAUAUGUAUGUUGAUAUGUAUGCAUCAAAAAUUUCCUAUGGUGUUAUUAAUAGAAUUAUUUGUGUUUUAAUUGUGAUAGUGUUAACCUGAACGAAUUGAAGUAUUUAAAUUCAAUUUUAAUUAAGAGCUUAAUGAGCUCAAUCACAGUUUUAUUUAAAUCGAAAUUGCAGCAAUGAAAAUUUACAGAGGAAAAUAUCGCAAUGUGUAUACAAAAUCGAAUACUGUUUAAAAGUGAGAAAUGGGACAAUGAAUGGUAUGCUCAUCAUGCGGGAAUGAAGGUGGCGUGGAAACGCCUCUCUUCCCCCUGGCUACUUACAUACAUUCCAUACAUAGCGUUAUUAGUAUCUACGUAAAGGCACAGGGUACAAGUACUUAUACAUAUGUACAUAUAUCCGAGCAUGCGUUUCUCCAACGGUCUUCCCUGAAUAUUAGUUGACCUGUUGUACGAGUACAAUUUUGAUAUUCGCACUAAUAGGGGUGGCGGUAAUAAGUGAAUGUGCUAUGGCAGACAGUAGUGGCAAGGUGCAACGCAACAAAGCGCAAACUAGAUACGUAUUAUUAUGCAGCUACGAGUACAUACCUAUGUAUAAUGUGACAAUAAAUAUCAGAUCCAUGAGAUUGCGUCUAGACCACAACAAUGAUUGUUGAAUUUGAAGUGCAAUGGCAUUACUUUGCGCUUACUUCUUAUUUAUUUGCAGCUAUCUAAACGCUAAAAUAGCAUAGACGACUUAAUUGAAUAAUUAAAUAAAUAAAAAAAAAAAUUUUAAAAAAUGGGUAACGUUUGCAGUUCUGGAGAUAAACGAAAAAACGACAGCAUAUCAGAGAAAUCAGACGAUUCCUCGCCGUACCAAGAAGCCAAUAAAAAAGAAAUUCAAUUAGAAUCGGUUGGAAAUAACAGUGACAAAUUAGCGCCUUUGGCCGAUCCAGAGCCAGUGCCACCAGAUGUGCCAUUUACAGCAUCAGCGCAGAAUGAAGCACAGCAAACACCCAACGAAGCCAAUAAAGAUGCUAUCAAAGGAAGUCAAUGCUUGGAGAAGGACUCUGAAACUACAACACCACUGGGUUUGAAUGCUCCUUGUGAUAUUCCGAACCAAAAAUCGGCACCCAACAAUUUAGCCAUUCUUCAAGGAAAACCUCCGCCUGGACGCAAAAUCGAAAGGGACAAAAAAAUUGUGAUUUACAUUCUGGCAAAUAAUAGUCCCGAGUACAAAAAGCACAAGCGUGUUAUACAUAGUAUCUUCAAGCAGUUUGUCAGUAAAUGCCAAAGUAAAGGUUUUGACUUUUUAAUCUCUGAUGUGCAUGAAAAUGAUGUAGGGGCGAAGAAAGACUUCAGUAAAUUACUUGAAGUUAAGCGCUGGACGCAAAGCCCACAAGAAGCAGAAGGAGGGCAUGAAGAAGCGGCAAAUUGUCUAUCAGAAAUUUCCAGACACACUUCCACAGCGUACAUUAUACCAGUGCUAUUUCUGGGUUCAACACUCGGCACUCCUAUGUUGCCAUUGACAAUUGAAAGCCAGGAUUUUACUUCGGUUUUAGGCGUUGCAAACGAGGAGGAGAAAGUACUGCUGGAAAAAUGGUAUACGAUUGACAACUCAUAUCAACCAAUGUGUCACCGUUUGUACACCCAACAAAUCGAUACUUACUCAACUGAAGUGAACGGCGAGUUAAAUCACUUGUUGGAAGUAUUACUUCGACUUUUUUCCGAUGAUUUAAAGGACUCAUAUUUAACAACCGUAGUAGAGCAGGAGAUCAACAAUACUGUACUUAUAAGUCAAGAGCUCGCCAAACGAUGCAUAUGGAUACAAACUGGAGCACAGUAUACAAAAUUACCAGAAAAUGCCUCGCAAUUAGAUGCAGAAGUUUUGAGGCGGAUUACAAAAGUAUAUGCUGAGCUAAAAAUGCACCUUUCGGAAAAAAAUCUAAUUAGAAUUCUACCCACCAUGAAUAUAUUGGAUGAAGAGCUAACUGCAGUUAUCGAAAAUUUGCUGGAUAAAUCGAUCACAUCUAUUUUCGAAGAACAUCAGAACAAAAAUAGUAUACCUUACAAUACAAAUGGAGUAGACAAGGUGCUCCUAGAAGAAGUGUAUCUAAUUUCACAUUAUUCAAAGAUAUUGGCACAGAAUUCUGCUAAUUUUGAUAUUAUGAAUGAUGUGAAGAGAUAUCUUAAGGACAAUACCCAAUGGCCACUUGUCAUAUCUGGAGCCAGCGGUUGUGGGAAGAGUGUGUUAGCAUCCAAAAUUAUGGAAAACGUUCAGAGAUGGAAGCCUGAUGCUACGUUGAUAUUAAGAUAUGUGAAUUUGACAGUUCGAUCUUCCGAUUUAACCUCUUUGUUGGGCUCCAUAACAGAUCAAUUGUCAAUUUUGGCGAAUGGCUGCCAGUGUAAUUGUGAUCAUUCAAUAGAAGGUUAUUCGAAUAUUCUGAAAGAGCUGCUUGAAAACCAGGAUUUUUUCGUAGUUAUUAUUAUCGACUCUUUGGAUGAGAUUCUCUUCGAAGCGAAUUUGGAGUGGCUGCCGGUAAACCUGAAUAGCACGUCCAAAGUGAUACUGACCGUAACCGAUACUGAUAAUAAGGAAGAAUCGCCAAUUUUGAAAAACUUGAGCGACCUCGGCAUACCCAACAAGUGUUUUAUAAAGAUGAAGCAAUUUACUGAACGACAGUGGAAUGACAUUCUUAGUUCUGGUGGCAGCGAAUUUUAUGCUUCUAAUGGUGCGCUCAAAUUGCCAGAGGAGUGGAAGACUUUGCGUGGCAAGACACCAUUACAUGCGAAAUCGUUAUGGUGGCUAGCUUGGCUUUCGCACAUGUCCAUUAGUAUAACGGAUAUAUCGGAUGUGCUAGAUAAAAUGCUGCAGAUUUUGGAGACAAAGUUUCAAACGGAACAUGUUGAAAUGAUGUUACUGAUUGUGGCCGUAUCAGAUUGGGGCAUACGCGAGAGCGAUUGCUUAGGUAUUUUUCAAAAGCAGACACAAUUAGAAGCGCAGGCCGCUUUUAAGAUAUGGUCAAAAUUUUGCUGGCUUAUGGGACCCAUGCUAUUGUUUUUAAAAAAUAUUCGUAUUGCCGAUAAGAGUUUUAGAAAUGCUGUUUUCAAGAGGUAUACACACAAAAGGUGGCUGGUUCACAAAUCAAUACGUGACUACUUCGAUAGACAACAGAGCAUACUGCCAACUGCGCACGGAAAUGGCCAUAUAACAAAUUAUAACUACCAGAAGUACUUAAAACUGCCUUAUCAUCAUUUCUGUGCCAUAAUUGAAGAUAACGCAGCACCGGAUAAAAUCGAAAUGCUCUUCAAUUGUUUCUAUUUCACCGAUCUUCAAUGGAUUGCCGAUAAAGUUCAUUCUAAUGGCCCAGCGUAUUUAAUGCAUGAUAUAUUAACGUCUGAGAGACUUGCAAAAAUUGAGAAGCAAUCCUGGAUCCAUAUCAGUUUUUUAAAAGAUUUUUUGAAAAACUAUAUGCGUGAACUUAGCUAUGAUGGCCAUCAGUUUUUCACUUUAAUUAAAUACUAUUUGAAAGCGCGAAUAAGAGACGAUAUAACACUCAAAGAUGAUGAAAAAAUCCGCUCUUGGUUGGAGUAUACCUAUGAAAUUGAAAUACCUUUUAUGGAGAUAUUAAAUUCUAAUUUGGGUUCUGAUGAGGGCGCAUCAACUAGUAGUUACGAUGUAUUGGUCAAUUUGCCUCAAAAAGGCUACUAUGUGGCAUCGAUAAGUACCGAAAGAGAGGAAAUAUGUGUUUGGGAUGUAGAAAAUUGUUCGCGAGUACGACAAUUGUUGGGUAUACCGCAGCCGACAUCUAUGUGUCCAGUCGGAAACUAUGAGGCAGCUGUUUUGUGUCGACGUGAAAUUCGGGUGAUAAAUCUCGAUGAAGGGAAAUAUAAGAAAACCUUGAAGGGUGUUAUGAAUCAGAAAAUGCCAUAUUUUGGAUUGCAUGACCAAAACCAUGUAGUCUGUUUAUCGCGCAAUCGAAUGUAUGUCCAUCUUAUGAACCUGGAGUCCGGGGACUGUGUUAUGACCUUCAAAGCUGGCGAAGACCGAUUUCUUAAUUCUCUGCUGGUUUCCGGAGAUGGACGUAUUCUUGUUUGCGGUGAUGAAACACAAAAGCCAUUUCCGCUUUUGGUUUGGCACCUAUCACAGAAAAAGCUGCUCUACGAUUUGCGCAUUCCACAUCACGAUUUCAUUACCUCGCUAUCGGCCAUUACCUAUGAGGGUUCAUAUGUUUGCGUCGUGGCCAAAGAGCUAAAUGAGCCUACUCCUAAUUUUAUUGUUGUAUAUGAUUUGCAAAGCGGUACAUUGUUUAAGAAGUGGAAGCCUGUCUGCAAUACGGUAUCGUUGGCGAUAUCUCAAGCGAAUGCUUGCGUAAUAGCUGGUUUAGAAGACGCGAAAAUCCUAAUUUGGGAUUUGAUAACCGGCAACUGCAGAUCAACACUUAUUGGUCAUAAUGCUCCCGUGACAUUUUUAAAAUUGGAUCCCCUAGGAAAAGUAUUGUUGUCACGAGAUAAGGAAGGAAGUGAUAACUCCAUACGCGUAUGGGAACUGAAUACAGGUAAAUCGUUAGCCGUUUUCAAGCCCCCGGGCCAAAUAACAGCGUGUGAGAUACUACCAAAUGGUGAAUUUGUAGUCGUAGCUUUGAAGAACAGAACUGAACUAUUGACUUUGGUUUUAAAGAAUUACGGAGAAGCUCCAGAUGAUAAUUGUUAUUUGUAUGGCAAUCCAGAUAACCAAAACCAAACUUUUAAUCUUAAUUAAUUAAAAGCAAAUCUUUGAACUUUAUUAAGUUAAGGAAGUUUUUAAUUUAAUUAUGUGUCUUCAUAGGUAUUAUUUAAAAAUUUAAGAAAUAUUAGUACGCACUUAAGCUUGUACAAAAUAUUGUUACACCUUUAUAUUAGAAUAAGAAACAACAAAAAAAAACACAAGACAUAAAAAUAGCUGAUAUUUUGAAAUUAUAUAGAAAUCUCUAAAGACGUUAGAGGAGCCUGUGGUUUGUUUUUGGGUCUGUAUGCAUACCAUACAUACUUGUGCGUCUGUAAUUUCCAUGUAGUGCUUUAAACAUGCAUAAAUAUAAGAUUUAUGUAGGAAAAUAUGAAAUUUUCUAAAACGCCAAGGAGUUCUUAACUUCAAAAGCCACAGUCUCUUCAAUCAAUUCUUCAAUUUAUGCAAGACAAUUUAGACUAAUUAUUAUGUUUAAUUAAGUCUCCAUUUAAGAUUAAGCGCGCAGUAAUACAAUUUUUAUAGACCCAGAGCCAUUUUGUGGCAUAGAGAAGAGUAACUUCUACCUUCGUAUUCAGGAAGUAGAGGAAAGACAAAGAAGAUCAUACCGGGCUUAUCGCAAUCAAAAACAAUGCUAGUAUGGAAUUAAAUAAGAAUAUUUUUAGAAUCAUCACAGGAGUUCUAAGAAGGGCAUUGUAGGUUGAAUCAUCUUCUUCUAGCCUGGAAUUAUACUCCAAGGACACUUGCAGAUUCUGUGGGUAGAAAGAUGAAACCGCCAUGCAUGUGCUGGGAUCGCGUCGACCACUGAUGUAUAAGCGGAACAAACACCUGUGGAGGAAAUAAAACUCAAUAAAGAGCACAAAUACUAAAACUUAUUGAGCAAGUUGGGCUCAGAGAAAAGCUCUGAAUCCAUGAACGGCGCACAAUUGAUCUUGCAGGCCGCAGGGCUAAAUCCCCUCAUAAUAAUAAUAAUAAUAAUAAGAUUUUGCGCAUUUUGCAACAAAUUUUCUAUGUGGUCCAUUGUUUAACUCUUAUAUUUAUUAGAUUGGUGACCAUUACAUGUAAUGGAUGUAUGUUUGUAUGUAUGUAUGUAACUGUAUUAAGUAAUUGUAAUUUGACAAAAUGUCUCUACUAGUCAUAUAAAUUUUAAGUAACAAGUACCAAAUCCAUGAUAUACAAGUACAUAUGCAUGUAUAUUAACUGUGUUCACGCCUGGCUGGAUAUUCUGGGAAUUUACUAUUCAUUUUGCUUGUUUUUGUGCAACAUAAAAAGGGAAAAAUAAAAAUAACAUUUAGCUAAAAAUCGGCACCGAUGAAAAACUCGCAGACGUAAGUCCCCGGUUGCUUACUAUUCUUUGUUUAUGCUAUAAAAAUAAAAUAAAAACAACACUAAUUUUUAAGUACGAUUUUCAUUUUUAAGUUAAUAUACUAUAAAUAAUAAUGUUAUUGAAAAUCACUAUGUACAGGUUAUUAAUACCAAUAACUGAAUAAAACCAC